CUCUAUCAUCAGCACUCACAACCAACACUUUUCCAACACAACCACUUUUAAUCUUACAAAUCCUACCAAGCCAUCAUCAUGAAGGCCUCCAUUAUCCUUGUUUUCCCAGCCCUUGCUCUCGGAGCUGCUACGCCCAAGCUUCCGGUUCCUUCUGUCGAUCCUGCCUGUCUUCAGAGUAUCACUAGCAUCUCUGACUGCAUUAGCAAUCUCAAGCCCACCAGCGCCGUUGCUAUUACCGACGUUGCAACCUGUCUCUCUGAGCUUGUGGCUGGGAUCCAAAAGUGUAUCCCUGGUGUCCCUGGCGGCUUGCCUUCUGGUCUCCCUGGAGGUCUGCCAACUGGCCUCCCCACUGGCCUGCCGGUUCCUCUGCCUACUCCUCUCCCCGGUGGUCUUCCUGGAGGUGGUAUUCCUGGAGUCCCUGGGCUUCCCUGAGUCCCCUCCAACAUACCAACACCCCCUCAGACUUUUGUUCACCUGGAGGGCGGACUGACUACAUCCAUCAAGGGGAUUUGUUGGCAUGCCUGGACAAAGGUGUCUGACAUUUAUCGGAACGUUGCUGUUGAAGAUUGGAGGUGCGGAUAAGAAUCAACCUUGUGUAUACCGUUCUAUAAUAUUAAACUCAUUGCCUUGA